CUCGGAGGCGCGCGCGGGAGAUAGUUCGAGAGUGCGCGCGCAGGAGCAAAGAAGUCAGCUGAUCAUUGAGAAAGGAAGAAGAGAGAGAACUGGGCAAUGAAACACUGAACUUUAGUCUGACCUGCCCAAAGUAAAUGUUUACUCUUCUGAUUUUUUCAUGGGGAAAACAGAAGUCCUCUUUAUUUGUAAGCAAAAUAAUUGAGAAAAUAUUUGCUCUACUCAAGACUGGAUGCUUAGUCUGACUUGCUUAGCGCUGUGUGUGCUGUGCCUUUUCAUGGAGACUGACAACAAAUGCAGGAGACAAACAGCCAAUGGCUUCUGACUCUAUGGUCCCAGAGCAAGCAAAGCAUCAUGUGGUAAAAGGAAAAAGGCAACAGCAACAGGAAAGGUCACCUUUGAACAGUGAUGGUGAAGAAGAAAUAUUUGUAUUUGAAGCAAAUGAAGCGUGGAAGGAUUUUCACAGCUCUCUCCUUCGCUUCUAUGAAGCUGGGGAGCUUUGCGAUGUUACACUAAAGGUGGGUUCGAAGUUGAUUUCCUGCCACAAGCUUGUGCUGGCAUGUGUUAUUCCUUACUUCCGAGCCAUGUUUCUUUCUGAAAUGGCAGAAGCCAAGCAGACAUUGAUUGAGAUCAAAGACUUUGAUGGAGAUGCCAUAGAAGAUUUGGUCAAGUUUGUUUAUUCGUCUCGACUGACUCUGACAGUGGACAAUGUCCAGCCUCUCUUAUAUGCUGCCUGCAUUCUACAGGUGGAGGUAGUGGCCAGGGCUUGCUGUGAGUACAUGAAACUGCACUUCCAUCCUUCGAAUUGCUUGGCGGUGAGGGCUUUCGCGGAAAGUCACAACCGUAUUGACUUGAUGGACAUGGCCGAUCGCUAUGCCUGUGAACAUUUUGCUGAAGUAGUGGAAUGUGAAGACUUUGUGAGCGUGUCACCUCAGCACCUUCAUAAACUCUUGUCUUCAAAUGACCUGAACAUUGAGAGCGAAAAGCAGGUUUAUGGUGCUGCCAUUAAAUGGCUUCUUGCCAAUCCACAACAUCAUGCGACGUGGUUGGAUGAAAUAGUCGCUCAGGUGCGCCUGCCUCUGUUGCCCAUUUGUUUUCUCAUGGGAGUGGUGGCAAAGGAAGAGAUGGUCAAGCAGAACCUAAAAUGUAGGGAUUUGUUGGAUGAAGCAAGAAACUACCAUCUUCACUUGAGCAGUCAUACAGUACCAGAUUUCGAAUAUUCUGUCCGGACGACACCGAGGAAACACACAGCAGGUGUCCUUUUCUGUGUUGGUGGUCGUGGUGGAUCUGGUGACCCAUUUCGCAGCAUUGAAUGCUACUCGAUAAAUAAGAACAGCUGGUUUUUUGGCCCUGAAAUGAACAGUAGGAGGAGGCAUGUGGGUGUAAUCUCUGUGGGAGGUAAAGUUUAUGCAGUGGGUGGACAUGAUGGAAAUGAACAUUUAGGCAGCAUGGAAAUGUUUGAUCCUCUUACAAAUAAAUGGAUGAUGAAGGCAUCAAUGAAUACAAAGAGGAGAGGAAUUGCUCUCGCUUCUCUUGGAGGUCCCAUUUAUGCCAUAGGAGGCCUAGAUGAUAACACUUGCUUCAGCGAGGUGGAGAGAUACGACAUUGAAUCUGACCAGUGGAGUGGAGUAGCACCUAUGAACACACCCCGGGGAGGAGUUGGCUCUGUGGCUCUUGUAAACCAUGUAUAUGCUGUUGGUGGGAAUGAUGGAGUAGCUUCUCUCUCCAGUGUGGAGAAAUACGAUCCUCAUCUGGAUAAAUGGAUAGAAGUGAAAGAGAUGGGUCAGCGGAGAGCUGGCAAUGGCGUUAGUGAGCUCCAUGGCUGCUUAUAUGUGGUGGGUGGCUUUGAUGACAAUUCUCCACUUAGCUCUGUUGAACGAUUUGAUCCUCGCAGUAAUAAGUGGGAAUAUGUAGCGGAGCUUACAACGCCUAGGGGUGGAGUUGGCAUAGCAACAUUAAUGGGCAAAAUUUUUGCUGUUGGAGGUCAUAAUGGAAAUGCUUACCUGAAUACAGUGGAAACCUUUGAUCCUGUGGCGAACAGGUGGGAGCUUGUGGGUUCGGUAUCUCACUGCAGAGCUGGGGCCGGUGUCGCUGUGUGUGCUUGUCUGGGCAGCCAAAUCCGUGACAUGGGCCAAGGGUCCAGCAACGUGGUGGAUUGCAUGUGAAUCCGGGUUGAAAUCUACAACUGUUGUGAAAUGUUGCAAGUCCUCCAGUCAUCUUGCUAAGACGUUUUGAACUUUUCAAUGAUUAUGUGUACAUUUUUAAAAGCAUUUUUGUAUGGGAUUUUGAGUGGCGUGGCAGCCUUUUAAGGCUUGUCUGAAUCAGGAAAGAUUUAGCGAAAAGUGGGAAAAGUCUUCAGUGUUGUUUAGAAGAUGCCCCACAGUGUUUUCACAGUAAAUUAGACCGUCGAGGGCUUUUGUUCUCUACUAUCUUGUAACUUGCAAAGGAUUUUGGAGAAAGCACUAGCAGGGUAUUUCAAGUGACUACGCUUUUCUCUGAUCUAUCUUCCAAAAUGCUUGUGCUUCAGCAUUUAAAACAAACCUCUAAAGAACACACCAAGACUUGUAUAGUUUCUAUUUAAAAGAAGCUAUUUCCUUUAGGAGUAAAUGUGUUCUGCUGUCACACUAUGCAAACCCAAAUUAGUCCUGUGGACUCUAGCCUCCUGAAAAGAGAAAUAUAAUGGCCUCGUUUACACAUAACAUCAAUCUGUGGUUUAUUUAAACCAUGGUUUGUUGUCCUACAAAGGGUUUGUCCAGCAGAUGAUUGAUGCAGCUGUAGUUUGCCCUGGGGUUGUUGUUUCCUUGCUUCCAUCAUCGCUCCUUUCCCAUAUCCCAAAUGCCUUUGCGGUGUUGUAGUACUGGCAGUACUUCACUAUGUCAGCUGCCUGCAUUGUAUUGGGGAUAUGGCCAGAAACUGUGCAUCUUUGUAACAUGGUAAUUGUUAAGUAUAGAACAAUCAUUCAGCAUAUCACUUGGAAGCAGCUUGGUCAUGUGCGCCUGGCCCUGGAAUGACUUCUCUGGUCCCUUUGCAAAGCCCGAGAAAACUAUUUGUAAAGGGAUAAGGUUUUUUGUGUGUUAUUGUUUUGUACGUGUACGUAAGUGUACACUCAUGUCCAUCCCCCUUCCUUCCUGGUCAUCUAUUUCAACUACAUAUGCGUUUAAGUCACUGGAAGCUGUAUUUCAAAUCUUACUUUGCAUUCGAAACAAUCAUUAGUCCUUCCCAAAAUUGUUACCCCACUUGGGCGUUGAAUAAUGCAAUGCCACUUUGUACUAGGGCUUUUUGGGAGGAUGGAAGAAGCCUUGUGGAAUCCUUGUAUCCCAGUGGGGAUACCUGCAGAGAUCUGGACAAAAGACUUACUGUAGCCCAAAGCUGUGGUAACACGCUGUGGUAAGUCCAAGAUCCCGAGAGAAAGAGCAGUGCAUAAAGUGCAUAAAGAAGUUUGAACCCUCAACCCAGGCCUCUUCGUCUGCAUAUCUUCCUCUCUAUAGUGGUGGAGCAUUAAUGUUUGGGAUUCCACCACAGGGGAUCUGACCAGGUCCUUCAAGUGGCCUGUACUAUUGUUCCUUAGAAUAGAAAAUAACUGUUAGUAAAUAUCAUGUCAUGUUAGAUAUUCCUGGUUGAGUGUCAGAAGUAAAGACAGAAUUAAACUGUGUGCAGAUAAACUGAACGUUUCUUUCAUAGGCAGUCUGCUAUUUUGUUUUGCUUUAAAGAUUACUUUACUCAUUUUGAAGUAGCAGGUCCAUUUUCUCUCUUCCCCCCCCCCCCCAAUUCAUUGUCAGAACUUCUCCAGAUUUCUUUUGUCCUGGUUCCUUUGCUCAGCCCAUGCAGUUGUUUCUGUGAGAUUCUGUAUAGCUGUAUCCUAAAAAUAAGGAUGAGGCUACAGUAGGGCAGAUUAAACCUGAAGUGCAAAAGCCACAAGGCAAGAAACGGAACACGCUUAUAUCAUAAAGGAAAUUGGGCGGCUUGAUGUACAGAGUGUAGUUUAGGAGCUGCUUCAACACAAAUUGCAGAAGAAAACGAUAACUUCACCUCUCUCAAAAUGAUGGUAAUGACUUGGGGUGGGGGGGGGGAAUGUGCACGACCAAAGCUUUAUGCCCAAACUAUUCAGGAUGGGUGAAGCUUGCUUGGAGUACAAUAUGGGCAUAAGAAUACUGUGUUUCUUGGAGAAACAGUUAUGUAAUGAUUCUCUGUAGUUCUGCCACGAAGCAUACAAAUGGCUGCUUUACUUUUGCACUUCCACUUCCACAACCUGUUUUUGUAUUAGUCUGUGGUAUCCAGUGGACAACAUGCAGAAUGAAGUGGUGUAACGUGUUGUACGGAAGCUGGAAAUCUUGUAAAUAAAAAGCACUUAUUGCUUGGCCUUGUGGAUUUAUUUCUCAGUUGGAUGGAAAUUCAGCGUAGCUAAGCAGAGGAUGCUUGUUGGACUUGAGAUUCAACCUGCUAGGUGAACCUGGGAGCCUAAUCUCAUGACCUUUAGAGGUGGUGUAGUCAUUGGUAGAAACAGCACAUCGAAUUAUGAAAAACUGGGUUUGUUUUGGAAACUGAUUUCCCUCCUUAUAAGGUCAAGUUUCAUUCCUUAGAGUUCUGCUGAAAGGGUUGUCCACGAUACAGUGUCUAGCUGUAUAUUCCAAGAAAAUACUUUUAUUUUUGUAACCUCCUACAGUCUUUCUGGGAAACCAGAGGACAUCCCCAGAAGCACAGUGUAUCAGGCCUGCAUAUCAUGGAAAUCUUUAAAAACAUAAAGCAGAGGAAAGAGGGUAAUCAUAACUCUAGUGCCAUUUUUUUAAAAAAUCCUGCUAAGGCGUUCCUUCUGUUAAGAUGUGUGUUUGCGGUGAAUAUUUAAGCCCUAGGGUAUACAACUGAGGGAGAAACUAGUUAUUCCAGGGAAAAUGGCAGAAGCUA